AUGAGGAUAAUUGACCCCCAGUCCGCCGUCCUCACCAACGUUGAGGUGCUGGCCUACCUGUCAUCCAACCCACCCCGCCGCCCUCCAAACCCGCCUCCAAAUGCACGACGAAACUGGGUUCCCAGUCCGGAUUUGCGGGACCAUAACACGGUGGUGAAAGAGAUUCAUAACUACAUUGCUCGUAUCUCCCCUCAUAUCCUCAAAUACCCACGCUACUCCCAUCGACCCUCAUCCUCGCAAUCACAAUCUCAAGCUGCAAUGACAGGCACUUUGAGAGCCAACGGCACCACCGACGCCGAGAACAGUGCUGUCAUGCCUCAAAUCCAAUCCUCGGAGCCGACACCUAUGGACCAGGCUAUCCGGGACCUCAUCACCAAGUUGAAGCCUUACAAACUCACCAAGGCGGAGCUCGUCAUGGUCUUGAAUUUAGGGCUAGGCGUGCCGAGCGGCCAAUCCGAUGCUGCUCAACAGGAGAAUGGAAUGGCGAAUGGGGAUGAUGCGAUGGAGAUUGAUGGGGGACAAGUCAAUGGGGAUGGGGAAGAGCAUGAAGAAGGCGAAGGAGAAGAUGAUGGUGGUGCGAUGGCGCUCUUUGAUACCGUAAUUGAGGAGCGUGAGGGUCGAAUGACAGAUGAGGAUGUGGCGACGAUCCUGGGCAUUGUUCGAGAGACGCUUCAUGAGAAAUAUGCUAGUUGA